CAGUCCAUGGGGUCGCAGAGAGCUAGACAAGACUGAGCGACUUCACUUAUUGCAUUUAUCAAAUACUGCAUUUUCUACAAAUUGAUGUUCAUGGCAGUCCUGCAUCAAUCAAGUUUAUCAGCUUCAUUUGUCCAACAUCAUUUGCUUACUUCACGUCUCUCCCAUUUUGAUAAUGCUCACAGUAUUUCAAACUUUUUCGUUAUUAUAAUAUUUGUUAUGGUGAUCUGUGAUCAUCAAUCUUUGAUGUUUCUGUUGUCAUUGUUUUGGGAUGCCAUGAGCACACCAAAACAGCCCAUUUCUCUCUUCAGGCCUCCCUAUUCCCUGAAACACAGUAUUGAACAUAGGCCAAUGAAUGUUGGCCUCUAAUUGUUCAAGAAAGAGUCACAUGUCUCUCACUUUAAAUAAAAAACUAGAAAUUGUCAAGCUUAGUGAGGAAGGCACAUUGGAAGGUGAAACAGAAAAGCUAGGCCUGCCAAACAGCCAGGUUGUGACCACAAAGGAAAAUUUCUUGAAGGAGAUGAGAAGUGCUACUCCAGUGAACACAUGCAUGAUAAGGCAAAACAGCCUUACUGCUGAUACAGGGAAAAUUUUAAUGGUCUGGAUAGAAGAUCAGACAAGCCACAAUAUUCCAUGAAGCUAAAGCCUGAUCCACAUCAAGGCCCUAACUCUCCUCAGUUCUCUGAAAACUUGAGAGAGGAGAGGAACUUGCAGAUGAAGUUUGAAACUGCCAGAGGGUGGUUGAUGAAGUUUAAGGAAAGAAGCCAUCUUCAUCACACCAAAGUGCAAGGUGAAGCAGCAAGUGCUGAUGCAGAAGCUGCUGCAAGGUACUCAGAAGAUCUAGCUAAGAUAAUUUACCAAGGUGACUAUUCCAAACAACAGAUUUGAGUGUAGACAGAGCAGCCUUCUGUUGGAAGAAGAUGGCAUCCAGGACUUUCAUAGCUGGAGGAAAGAUGUCAAUGCCUGGCUUCAAGCCUUCAGAAAUCAAACUGACUCUCCUGUUUGGGCUAAUGCAUCAGGUGACUUUAAGUUGAAGCCAGUGCACAUUUACCAUUCUGAAAAUUGUGGGGUUCUUAAGAAUUAUGCGAAAUCUAUUCUACCUGUGCUCUGUAAAUGGAACAAAAAGCCUGUGUGACAGCGCAACUGUUUUAUAUGUUUGACUGAGUAUUUUGAGCCCACUCUUUAGAUCUGCCCAGAAAAAAAGAUUCCUUUCAAAAUAUUAGUGUUCAUUGACAAUAUACCUGGUCACCCAAGAGCUGUGAUGGAGAUGUGCAACUGGAUCAGUGUUGUCUUGAUGUCUGCUAACCCAGUAUCCAUUCUGUAGCCCAUUGAUCAGAGUCAUUUCAACUUUUAAGUCUAAUUAUUAAUAAAUGCAUUUUCUAAGACUCUUGCUGCUGAAGAUAAUGAUUCUUCUAAUGGAUCUGGGCAAAGCCAGUUGAAUCCUUCUGGAAGGGAUUCAGCAUUCUAGAUACCACUAAAAGUAUUUGUGAUUUCUGGGAAGAGGUCAAAAUAUCAACAUUAACAGGAGAUUGAAAGAAGAUUCCAAUCCUUGUGGAUGACUGAGGAGUUCAGGACUUCAGUAGAGGAGAUAACUGCAUGUGUGGUAGAAAUAGCAAGACAACUAGAAUUGCAAGUGGAGCCUGAAGAUGUGACUGAACUGCCACAACCUCAUAUAAAACAUGAAUGGAAGCAAAGUUGCUGCUUAAGGAUGAGCAAUGAGAGUUGUGUCUUGAGAUGGAAUCUGUUCCUGGUGAAGAUGCUGUGAAGAUUGUUGAAAUGACAACAGAGGAUUUAGAAUGUUACAUAGACUUAGUUCAUAAAGCAGCAGCAGGGCUUGAGUGGAUUGACUCCAAUUUUGAAAGAAAUGCUAUAGAUAAAAUGCUAUCUAAACAGCAUUUUAUGCUGCAGAGAAAGCAUUCGUGGAAGGAGGAGUCAGUCGAUGAGUCAAACUUCAUUGUUCUAUUUCAAGCCAGCCUGACUUUCAACAGCCAUCACCCUAAUCAGUCAGUACCAUCAAUAUCAAGUGUGUCUCCAGGUAUCCAGACAACUCUGGAAGAAGACUGGCCCCUGGAAGAAAUGAUCAGUAGCCCAAGGAUUUCUGGUCACAGCGCUGUGCAGAGAUCUUCCAGUAUUCCUCAGGAGCCUUUCCUGUCUCCAUGUGUCAUAACCAGGGCCGUUCCCAGUACAUCAGUGAGCAUCAGGAAAAUGUUAAAUGCUUCUUAACUGGUUAGUGAAUAGGCACUGGUCUGAGCUCUCUGAGUGUGCCUCCGCCUCUCCAGACACCCUGGCUGCAAGAAUCCCUGGUGGGCACUAAAGCGGAACAGCCCUUGAACCAGCUAAGUCUUCUGCUGCCUGAGGUCGUCCUGCAUUUCCCCCCUCCCCAUCCACCUCCCACCGUUGCUGCCAGAGCUAUCAGACCCCAACCCUCCUGGGAGAGGGACUGUCCUCCUGCAGGGAAAUGUGCCCAAUGCCCACCUGGCCACCCCAAGGCUGCAGCGUCCUGCUUGCCUUUCCCCCAGGUCCCACUUCUCUAUAUUUUUCUAAAAAUGCUACCACGGGAUGGACCUAAUAAAAUUCAUAGGAAUGACAGUAUUGCCCUGGAGAAGAGCCUGAUGCUGGGAAAGA